AUUGGCCAGGAAGCCACCAAUCUGGCAUCUGGAUGGGCCAGAGGGACUACAUAUGCAAAGCCGUACUUCAUAUUAAUGAGCUCCAAUCGUGGCUUUAAGUCCUUGAUUAGAAGAGUGCAAGAGCUUUUGGUCCCAACUGGCUGUGCCUAUAGGCUUGUCAUCGGGAGCAAAUUUCUGUUAAUUGCAGUGCUCUGUCAGGAAGAGAGAGAGAGAGAGAGCGAGAGAAAGAGAGAGAAAGAAAGAGAGAGAGAGAGAGAGAGAGAGAGAACUUCGAUUUAUAGAGGGGGCUUGCUCAAAUUAUGGUUGCAGUGUGCACAUGGAUUCGGUAGAACUUUCCCUGCCUGAGUGUUUCUCCUUGCACUCUGAACAAGAAAUGAAUUUAUCAAAGGUGCGCGUUAAUAGUGAAGAUAAGUACAGCAAAUGCAGCUCAUGGAGAAUGCAACAGCAUUUCAGCAUGGAAGCCAGCCACACAUUCUAUUCAGCACAUUCUCUAUGUUGUCCAAGGCUCCUCUGCAGAAUGUCAAGCAAGGACCGUCACACUGAGUCGAGUUGCCCCUCCUACAUCAAGACUGAGCCCUCCAGCCCUGCUUCCCUCGCCGACAGCAUCAACCACCACAGCCCUGGUGGCUCAUCGGAUGCCAGCGGCAGCUAUAGCUCCACCAUGAACGGGCACCAGAACGGCCUGGACUCCCCCACGCUCUAUGGCCCAGCAAGUGGGCUGGGACCCAAUGGCACUGCCUCUAAGCGCUACGAAGACUGCUCCAGCACCAUUGGCGAGGACUCGCAGAUCAAGUGCGAAUACAUGCUCAACUCCAUGCCCAAGCGCCUGUGCCUUGUUUGCGGUGACAUAGCAUCCGGCUACCACUAUGGCGUGGCAUCCUGCGAGGCCUGCAAAGCCUUCUUCAAGAGGACCAUCCAAGGAAACAUCGAGUACAGCUGCCCAGCCACCAAUGAAUGUGAGAUCACCAAGCGUAGACGCAAGUCAUGCCAGGCCUGCCGCUUUAUGAAGUGUCUAACAGUGGGCAUGAUGCGGGAAGGUGUGCGACUUGACAGAGUGCGUGGAGGCAGACAGAAGUACAAGCGCCGGAUAGACGCAGAGAACAGCCCGUAUUUGAACCCACAGCUGGCCCUACCACCAAAAAAGCCAUUCCCCUUUGGCUGCCUUGCAGAUAACAAGAUUGUGUCCCACUUGCUGGUGGCAGAGCCAGAGAAAAUUUAUGCCAUGCCUGAUCCCACUGUCCCUGACAGCGACAUCAAAGCCCUCACCACGCUUUGUGACCUGGCUGAUCGCGAGCUAGUGGUAAACAUUGGAUGGGCCAAACACAUCCCAGGUUUCUCAACUCUUUCUCUGGCAGACCAGAUGAGUUUACUGCAAAGUGCAUGGAUGGAGAUCUUAAUCUUGCGUGUGGUGUACCGCUCGCUGUCCUUUGAGGAUAAGCUGGUCUACGCUGAAGACUACAUCAUGGAUGAAGACCAGUCCAAACUGGCUGGCUUGCUCGACCUCAACAAUGCCAUCCUGCAGCUGGUAAAGAAGUACAAGAGCAUGAAGCUGGAGAAAGAAGAGUUUGUCACCCUCAAAGCUAUAGCACUAGCUAAUUCAGACUCUAUGCACAUAGAGGACGUGGAGGCAGUGCAGAAGCUGCAGGAUGUGUUGCAUGAAGCUCUGCAGGACUACGAGGCAGGGCAGCAUGUGGAAGACCCGCGUCGAGCUGGAAAGCUUCUCAUGACCCUCCCUCUCCUCCGGCAAACCUCCACCAAGGCCGUGCAGCACUUCUACAGCAUCAAGCAGGAUGGCAAGGUGCCCAUGCACAAACUGUUUCUGGAGCUGCUGGAGGCCAAGGUCUGACUCCACCCUCCUGACCCCACCCCCCUUCCUGACCGCACCCUCAGAGAGAAGAGAGAAAGAAAUAGAGUUCGGUGAUGGAAGGGGUCAGGCCUGAGACUUACUCCAGUCCAGCUGGGAGAUUUGGAUACUUCCACUGCUGGAGAAACCUUGUCUUUUAACUGUAACAAAUUACAAGGAGAAAUGUACACAGUAACAAUGGUGUUUGUAACUAUCAAUGGCAGUAAUAUGUAUUAUAAUGUUAUGGUGAUUAUUAAUGAAAACAAAAAGUUAAAGGGAAAGACUGCACAGAUCAUUUAUCAGUGAACCAGCUUUCAGCUCCUUUCUUAUGAGUUUCUGGUGCAGUUGUUUGUGCUAUUGAAACUGUUUUAUUUUUCUCCAAGAAUUCUGGAGCAGAUGAGAGGACACCAGCCCUGCCAAAGGAUGGAAAUCCAUUCAGUGGAUGCCAGCAAACUUUAUGAUAUUGCAAAAAUGUCCCCUGUAACAAAGGAAUCAAACCAAGCAGUUGCUGAUUGCAGUAGAGUCCGGUGCAGCACUUUGACUGAAUGCAGUAUUAGAUUUCAUGGGAUCAGUGUAUUGAUGCAUUUGACAAACAGAGGUCUAGAGAAACUUCCGUUUCAUGAUGGCAUAUUCCAUCUAGAUUGCUUUCAGCUGUUUGAUUCCUCAGUUAUUUAUUUUUAUGUCUUCCAAAUAAGUUUUAUGUUUUUCAGGGAACAGCUGGGGCUGAAGUCACUAAUGCAAUAUAUAUAUAUAUAUAUAUAUAUAUAUAUAUAUAAUGUGGUACUGUGUGAAAGAAGAACAGCUUUUAAUUUAAGAUUUAUUUUGUAUGUUUUGAACAAAAAUGAAGGAGAGCGUAUUUUUUGUUUGUCUUGUUAAUGAAGAACCGUCUAUAAAAAUAGGUUUAAAGACAUUGUUUUAAAUUAUGUGGUGUUAAUUGAUAGAUUUUUGUAUCAGUCCUUCCACUUUCAGCCUACUUAUUAAUUGUGAGAACAUUUAACUUCUUUAAGCAAUAAUCAUUUAAAUUGAAGGUGCAUGUUAACACAUAUGCAAUUUAUGUUUGUGUCAGUCAAAGUCAAAGAUAUUAUUUUAGGCUACAUACCCUCCAGCUCUUACCUCUUUGAUUGCCAACUAAAAUCUGAUUACAAUUAAGAUUCCAAUGACAAUACAUACAGGAUAUAAUCAAUACAUAGAAUAUAAUCUAAUAAGUACAGCAUUUCAUAUGAGAAGCUAAAUAGUAAGUCAAGAUGAAACUACAUCACUUUCUAUAAUGGCUAUUUCAGUAUUAGUAAGGGGUCCACGUAUUUUCUGAAUAUUAUAUUGUAAAUUAGCAUCUUAUAAAUCUAAACUAAGACAUUUUAUUGGUACAACAUUUAAACAUAAUGGGAAAGAAGUUCCACAUUUGCUAUGCUUUUUUUAUUUUAAAAAUCCAUUGUUUCCUUUUUCCUUAGUUUUUUUUCUGUUACAUUUAAAGAUGCGUACUUUUUGUGGUAUUCCAGUUCUUGUGCUGUGCGCUUAUAUUAGACACAGGGUAGAAUUAGAGACAAUACUGGAUGUACAAAUCCUCAGGAGAUUUCAGCAGUGUAUUCUUGAAUUACAUAUCUGGUAAUAAGGCUCUUCCUAUUAACUGCUAGAUCAACAAAUCCAAACGAUAUCUAUGCUGACAUAUAAGUGAAUAAUUAUCAAAAAAGAAGGAAACGCAUAUAUAAAAGGGAUCAUUUGUGUAACAGAUUAUUGUAGAAUAGCAAUAUCUAUCUUAGGUUUAAAUAAAAAAAAGAACUUGAGUAUUUCAGAUCAAUAGCUUAUGUAGUUUUAUUUGAAGAAUUGUUUUUUUUUUUGUUUUUUUACAAAAUGCUGUACAUAAUGCCUCCCUUGCCAAUCAGCUAAGUUGCAAUAUUAACUUUACUCUUUGAAGAUGCAAAGGCAAAAUAAUAUUUCUGUUUUUGCUGCAAACCAGUUUUGCAAAACUAUUGCUUAAACUUUGUGUGCUUAAUUAAAAGCAACAGAUAAACGUAAAAGAAUUAAUACAUUUUUAAGGAAAAUGGGGGGUUGUGGGCUUUUUAUUUUCCUUCAGUCUUGUUCUAUAAAUACUGUGUAUCUACCAUUAGCUAUACAAAUAUAUAAUAGAUUGUGGUUUCGAGAGGUAACCGUACUGUGAUUCUAGGUUUAAUAAUCACCCAUAGCAACUCAUGAGAUGGUCAAUAACUUGAAGGUUGCUGUUGAUAAGUUGUUGCCAUUUUAUUUACAUGCAUACAGAACUCCUGGAACAAAGGUGCUGUUGUCCUUUUGGGGAUUUAAAAAAAUAUUGUUUAUUUAUCUACCUAUAUUACAUCUGUUGGACAUACAUGGGGAUGAAAGAUAUGAAAACAAUCUCUAACCAGCAAUUUAAGCGGGGCUGAUCUUGAUCAGUAGAAUUUGAAAACUGAAGGAGAAUACAAACAAUUAACACUAGAUUUUUCUUGCAAAAGUGAACUAUAUUAGAUCCUUUUCCCAAAAAAAUAUGAAGUCUGUAUUCAACAUAACACAGGUAUAUUCAAGCGUGUAUACAAAUGAAAAUUUAGUUACCCUAACCACACUUUUAAAAAUAAUUCUACAUAUUAAAGAACAGUAUUAAUUGACAGUAUCCUCAUUGUUGGACAGUAGCUAAUGCUUUCAGCUUAAAUCAUAUUGAGAGUGUUUUGUUGUGUCUUUCAACACCUCACUCAAAUAUUGAAUAUAAACAAUUUGUGUUACUUAGCCAUACCAACUUAGAUUUUUUCUGACCUAUUUUCUUAUUUAAAGCAAUAUGAUUGUGCAACAAACAGAUGUUGCACUUCCUGUUUGAUUUAGAUCAAAAUGCUGUAUUUAUUGGACUAUUUUGCAUUUAAAUGAUAGGAAUAAUGAUGUGAAAAUGUAAAAACUGCUAUUUUUUAUUAUAGAAACAAAUAUGGGUGUUGGUUGUUGUAUUUAUUAAUGCAUCAGUGUAUAUCUGCAAAAUAAUUAAAAUGGCAGUUAUACAUGCAAAUAUGAAAAAUAAUAAAAUGGAGAAAAAGAAAGAAAAACAGGUUUAAAAUGAGAAUAAAUAUAAAAAUGUCAAUCCAGGAGUUGCUGAAAUAAUCUGUAGUGACAACCAUGUCUGUAGUUCUAGAUGUGCUCCACAUCUGUAAAACAAUUACCUGUAUAUUUUUGUGAUGUGUACCAUAAAGUGUGAUCCAACAAUAUGACCAUUUGUGUAAAUGUAUUUAUUUUACAUUGUAUAUAUUGUUCAAUGCAAAAUGAGAGACCUAUGAUUCUGUAACUAUGAUCAGUUCAGAUGUGUAAUUCCAAUUAUGCCUUUCAGGAUAAUGGUAGAGCAAUAUUAAACAUGCUUCCAGUUUUGAA